CACGGUGCAUUCGAACUGUUGGCAAGGCAGUUUACUGUUAGUUUCUCGCCCUCCAGGCUUUCCUCGCGCAUUUCCAAACGUAUUGCAGUACUCACGUCCAGACACAAAUACAGUAUCCAAACGCUGACUUUCAAUCGCAAAUCGCGUGGGCCAUCAUCAUACCCCCCGUAUUUGGUGGUUCCUGCCUACACACCUAACAGGGUAUCGAUCGGUAGUGUGUCCUGCCUGUGAUAGAAACGUCUCGACAGCACCUUGACCACAAUGUCGGUACCACCCACCGAAUCACAACCUCGUCCACACGAACAGCCACUACGGAACCGCGCGGCCGCCCCGACCAACGCGGGAUCCUUACGGGAUGCCCGCUUACUCCUCCUCGGUGCGGCCUUCUCCUACGUACUCUUCUUUGCCGUUAACGUCCACAAGUCCACUAUUCUUCCAGACGUUAUAGACGACGCCGUUCUCGCUACGAUGGGUUUGCCACUGGCGUCCGUGCCCGUGUCCUCAUUGCCUUCAUUGCCCGGAUGGAAUCCCGUCCACGUAUACUACGGGGAUACUUCGCACUUGGAUCACGUGCUUGAUCCACGGCACAGUCGACGUAGUGUUCAGUGGCUCGGCAAGGGACCGGCCAACGGUCGCCAGUGGACCAGCCAGUUCGGACAGGACGUGGCCGUCAUGAAGAUACUUGACUUCCCCACAGGAGCUUUCUUUCUCGAUCUUGCCGCCAAUGGACCUGUCUGGAUGAGCAACACUUACGUUCUAGAAACACACUUUGACUGGAAGGGUAUUUGCGUCGAGCCCAAUCCGAUCUACUGGUACCCUCUGUCCUUUCGUAGUUGCCACGUGGUGGGUGCCGUUGUCGGAGCCCGCAACAUGGACCAAGUAUCGGUCCUGUUGGAUCCCGGACAAAUGGCUCCGAGCAACGGAAUCGUUGGCGACACCUUUGACAACCGCAACGUCACCCAACCCGGAUUGGUCAAACCCCGCUUUACCGCCAGUCUCACGGACAUUUUGGAACACUUUCAGGCGCCCGCCGUCAUUGACUACUUUUCCCUCGAUGUCGAAGGAGCCGAACUCUUCAUCAUGAAAAAUUUCCCCUUUGAAAAAUAUCGGUUCCUGUGUUUGACAAUUGAACGAGCACCACCCGAGCUGCAGGAGAUUUUGUCGCGGAACGGCUACAAAUUUGUGCACACGAUUCGACAAGGUGUGGACGAUCUAUGGGUGCACGAGUCCAUUUACGACCAAGCCAAGGCCAACCUGGCCAUUCGCACCCACGAAAUUGCCACCAAAAAUCCCCAACUUCCGGUAGCAGCAGCGUAG